AUGGUCACUAUAUUUCUCCUUGUGUUUCUCUGCAUUGGUUGCAUCCUUCUCUUGUCAUGGAAGAGCAGAAGAGUCAAAGCUCUCCUGCCCCCUGGACCCUCCCCAAUUCCUAUCCUGGGGAAUUUUCUACAACUGGACCAAGAGAAUCUGUUGAAGUCCUUGACCAAGGUUAGUGAAGUUUAUGGGCCAGUAUUCACUGUGUACCUGGGACUUCAGCGGAUUGUGGUUUUGUGCGGCUAUGAAGCUGUGAAGGAGGGCUUGGUGGAUCAUGCAGAAGCAUUUGGUGGACGUGGGCAAAUCCCACUCUUAUCCAGCUUGCUCAAAGAACAUGGGCUUGUGUUUUCCAAUGGGGAACGAUGGAAACAACUCCGUCGAUUUACUCUCAGCACUUUGAGGAUCUUUGGCAUGGGGAAAAGAUCUCUAGAGGAGAAAAUCAAGGAGGAAGCCCUGUGCCUAGUGGAGGAAUUCAACAAAACUGAAGGAGAUCUUUUUGACCCAAUGUUGCUUCUCAGCUGGGCUGUUGCCAAUAUUGUCUGCUCCAUCUUGUUUGGGAAACGCUUUGAGUACAGCGAUGGGCAGUUUCUCAGGCUGAAAACCUUAAUGACAGAACGACAACUAACUAGCAACUCCCCCAAAACUAUGUUGUACAACCUCUUCCCAGAAAUUAUGGCUAAGAUCCCCGGGAUGCAGUGGAAGAUGGCAAAGAGUGGCUUCAAGAUUUUGGACUUCAUUAAGGAGAAGAUCGAGACUGAGCUGGCCUCCUUUGAUGCUUCUGAUCCUCAGAAUUACAUCGAGUGUUUCAUAGUGAAGAUGGAGCAGGAAAAGCACAACCCUAAUUCAGAAUUUUCCAUGAAGAAUUUGUCCGUGUCCGUAAUGAAUUUACUAAUUGCUGGGAUUGACACAACCACUACCACCCUGAGAUAUGGUUUUCUUUUCCUGCUGAAGUACCCCCACGUUCAAGAAAAAGUCCAUAAGGAAAUCGAUCAUGUGGUGGGGCAAGGGCGAGUGCCAACUCUCAAGGACAGGAGUCAAAUGCCAUAUACUGAAGCUGUGUUGAAUGAGAUUCAGAGGAUGGCUGAUGUGGUACCCAUGAAUCUGCCACACCUUGUAACUCAAGACACCCAUUUCAGAGGAUAUGUGAUCCCUAAGGGAACCUAUAUCUAUCCCAUGCUCAACUCUGUGCAUUAUGACAAGCGGCAUCAUGCCAACCCAGAAGAGUUUGAUCCUGGGAGAUUCCUCGACAGCAACGGUUGCCUUAAGAAAGUGGAGGCUUUUAUGCCUUUCUCAGUAGGGAAACGUAUCUGCAUUGGUGAGGGGCUGGCCCGCAUGAUGCUCUUCCUCUUCUUCACCACCAUUCUCCAGAAGUUUACCCUCACCUCACCUGUUCCACCUGAGAAGAUCAGCAUUGCUCCUGCUGUCCACGGUGUCACCAGCAUGGCACAACAUUAUCAGCUUUCUGUAGUCCCACGCCAGUCGUGA